AUGUGCUGCGGCGCCCGCGCACAGCUCCGUGACUACUUGUUCAAGCUGCUGCUGAUCGGGGACUCGGGUGUGGGCAAGUCCUGCCUACUUCUCAGGUUUGCAGACGACACGUACACGGAGAGCUAUAUCUCCACCAUCGGCGUAGACUUCAAGAUCCGCACGGUCGACCUCGAAGGCAAGACGGUCAAGCUCCAGAUCUGGGACACCGCGGGCCAAGAGCGCUUCCGCACGAUCACGGCGUCUUACUACAGGGGCGCGCACGGCAUCAUUAUCGUGUACGACGUCACCGACAUGGAUUCGUUCAACAACGUCAAGACGUGGCUCAGCGAGAUCGACCGCUACGCGUCCGCGAACGUGUGCAAGCUGCUCGUCGGGAACAAGGCGGACUUGACGGCGAAGAAGGUUGUCGACACGGAGACGGCGAAGGCGCUGGCGGACGAGCUCGGGAUUCCGUUCCUGGAGACAUCGGCCAAGGAGUCGACCAACGUCGAGGCGUCGUUCAUGACGAUGGCGGCCGAGAUCAAGAAACGCAUGGCGUCGCAGCCACAGAUGGCGCGCGGCACGGGGCCGACGAUCCGGCCGGGCCAGGGGCAGGCGGUCGGGCCCAAGAGCUCGUGCUGCGGUUGA